GUGUAAAGAGUGUAACGCCACGUAUAAUACUCAGGAUUAUGGAUGGUGUAAACUAUGCAAUUCAAAACAUAUUCUAAAUAAUUUUAAUAAAUUGAGCAGUGGUGAUUCUGAUAUUGACAAGUUCCUCCAAACAACCCAGCUUAAUACAGAUUCUCUAGAAAGGAUAAUUGAGUGGAUACCAUAUGACAGACUACAAGAUAUAAAAUAUAUCGAUAAGGGUGGCUUUGGAACAAU